UCCUGGAGAGCAACCGUGUAAAUGGCUCUGAAUAUGAUGCGAAUUGCAGCACUGAAUGCAAGCUCCACAAUUGAGGAUGACUAUGAAGAUAACUUUAAAAGUCAUAAGACACAGACAAAGGAAGCUCAAGAAGCAGAAGCUUUUGCUUUGUACCACAAAGCUUUGGACCUCCAGAAACAUGACCGUUUUGAAGAAUCCGCUAAAGCUUAUCAUGAGCUUCUUGAGAUUCGUCUUCUGCGAGAGGCAGUUCUUCCUGGUGAUGAGAAAGAAGGGCUGAAACAUCCAGGCUUGAUGUUAAAAUAUUCCACUUACAAAAACCUAGCACAGUUGGCAGCCCAACGGGAUGACUUGGAGACAGCCAUGGAGUUUUAUUUGGAGGCUGUAAUGCUGGACUCUACUGAUGUCAACCUGUGGUAUAAAAUCGGCCGCGUAGCAAUAAAACUGGUCCGCCUACCUUUGGCUCGUCAUGCUUUUGAAGAAGGGCUCAGAUGUAAUCCUGACCACUGGCCUUGUCUAGAUAACCUUGUCACAGUCUUGUACACCCUUAGUGACUAUACAACGUGCCUGUACUUUAUCUGCAAAGCUCUGGAAAAGGAUUGUCUGUACAGCAAAGGCCUAGUUCUGAAGGAGAGGAUCUUUGAGGAGCAGCCAUGCCUCCGGAAAGAUUCCCUGAGGAUGUUUCUCAAAUGUGACAUGUCUAUUCAUAAUGUAAAUGUGAGUGCAGCUGAAACGGGAAGAAUCCUAGAAGAAGCGCUGGAGCUACGUAGGAAGAGACAGGCUUUGCUCGUGCGAGAGAAAGAACCAGACCUCAAACUUGUCCAGCCAAUUCCCUUCUUGACGUGGAAGUGUUUAGGAGAAACUUUACUUGCCAUGUAUCACCACCUCACAACAUGUGACCCUCCUCGACCUAGUCUCGGGAAGAGAAUUGAUCUCUCGGAAUACCGAGAUCCAGUUCAACAACUGAUUCUUUCUCCUACCUCUACUCCUGUCAGUGUUAUUCAGCCAACUCCUGUCAACACUAAUCCAGUGGCGACAAUGCCAGAUCCUGUAUUAACUUAUACUUCAGUGGCCUCCAAUUUUCCAAGUCAGAAUCAGAAUUUAUUGGAAUCAGUAGUUACUGUUGGUGAUGCGUCUUCUGUUGAUAAGUCUAAGAAAGGGGUGAAGCGAAAGAGAAUUACGGAAGAAAGUGGUGAAACUGCAAAAAGGAGAUCGGCUAGAGUCCGCAAUACCAAAUGUAAAAAAGAGGAGAAAGUUGACUUUCAAGAACUGUUGGUCAAAUUCCUUCCUUCCAGAUUGAGGAAACUAGAUCCAGAGGAGGAGGAAGAUCCUUUCAAUAACUAUGAGGUGCAGUCAGAGAUCAAAGAAGAGAAUUUCCAGCAUGUCGGACCACAUAGAAUGUCAUUUGAUUCUACAACAUUUAUGGAAUCUGGUAGGGAUUUCAUUAGAAACAAGAAGUUCAAUAACCUGAACAAUGGUGGGAUAUUGGAGCUGAUGAUGAGAUAUCUAAAAGUAAUCAGCCAAAAGUUCCUGGUAAAAUGGCCUCCGGGCUUAGCUGAGGUGGUUCGUAGUAUCUAUAACAGCUGGAGAAAGCACAGUAAUAGUCUUCCCAAUCCUUUACUGAGAGACUCAAGUAAUCAACAUAUAAAGGAUAUGAUGGUGAUGAGUCUUUCUUGCAUGGAAUUGCAGCUAGAUCAGUGGCUACUGACCAAAGGGAAGAGCUCUACAGUUUCUCCACGAAAUUGCCCUACUGCCUCUAUGAAUGGAAAGUUUGGUCCUGACUUCCCAGGAACUCAUUUUUUGGGAGACCUAUUGCAAUUGUCAUUUGCAUCUUCGCAGCGAGAUCUAUUUGAGGAAGGAUGGAUGGAAUUUGUGACUCGAGUGUAUUGGCUGAAAGCUCGCUUCCUAGCACUGCAGGGUGACAUGGAACAGGCACUUGAAAAUUACGAUAUUUGUACUGAAAUGCUACAGAAUGCCACUGCAAUGCAAACCCAAGCUGGUGAUAUGUGCAGCAUUGUAAUCCGGUUACCUAAUCUACAUGUUGAUUCUCUUGUUUCUUUGGAAGAGAUUGAUAAGAACCUGAAGUCUCUGGAGAGAUGCCAGUCUCUGGAAGAGAUCCAGCGACUGUAUGAGUCAGGAGAUUACAACGCAGUGGUGCAUCUGCUUCGUCCAACGUUAUGCUUUAAUGGUUAUGGCAGGGCUAAACAUCUGGAAUUUGUAACAUCCAUACCAGAGAGACCAGCACAGCUGCUUCUCCUGCAGGAGUCCCUGCUCAAACUGAAGGAUUACAAACAGUGCUUUGAAUGCUCCGAAGUUGCUUUGAAUGAAGCAAUUCAGCAGAUGAUUAACAUGGCAGCAGCCUCUGCUAAAGAAGAGUGGGUUGCUACGGUAACACAGCUGCUCACAGGAAUAGAUAGUUCCUUGUCCUCAGACAGCAGCAUCCUGGAGGAGUCUUCCUUAACGCCAAGCCUAGUUCGAUUGACAAACAACCUCAUUCAGAUCAUAGACUGCAGCAUGGCAGUCCAGGAAGAACCCAAGGAACCAUACGUCUCCUCGGUGCUUCCAUGGAUUAUCCUGCACAGGAUCAUCCAGCACGAGGAAGAUGCAUUUCGAUCCCUUUGCUGCCAGCAGCAGCAACAGCAGCACCAAGAAGAAGGAGUGAGUCCUGACACCCCUAUGCUACCUUCUUCUCUCAUGCUGCUGAACACUGCUCAUGAGUAUUUGGGAAGAAGAUCCUGGUGUUGCAACUCAGAUGGAGCUCUUCUCAAGUUUUAUGUUCAAGUAUUAGAAAAAGAACUUGCAGCAUCUACUUCUGAAGAUACUCAUCCAUACAAAGAGGAGCUGGAAACAGCCUUGGAACAGUGUUUUUAUUGCUUGUAUGGUUUCCCUAGCAAAAAAAGCAAAGCAAGGUACCUGGAAGAACAUUCUGUGCAGCAGGUGGAUUUAACAUGGGAAGAUGCCUUGUUUAUGUUUGAAUAUUUUAAGCCUAAGACGCUUCCAGAGUUUGACAGUUACAAAACCAGCACUGUGUCUGCUGAUCUGGCCAACCUUUUGAAGAAGACUGCAACAAUUGUUCCCCGAACAGAUAAACCUAUGCUGAGUUUAGAUACUGUCUCUGCCUAUAUUGAAGGAACAUGUAGCAAGGCCCCAUCUCUCCCAGAUGGUGCAGACUAUUCUCCACCAGUAGUGACCGAGUUGUACUAUCUUCUGGCAGACUAUCAUUUCAAGAAUAAAGAACAAUCUAAGGCCAUUAAGUUUUACAUGCAUGACAUUUGUAUUUGUCCAAACAGGUUUGAUUCAUGGGCUGGCAUGGCUCUGGCUCGAGCAAGUCGUAUUCAAGACAAGCUGAACUCUAACGAACUGAAAAGUGAUGGCCCCAUCUGGAAGCACUCUACUCCUGUCUUGAACUGCUUCAAGCGAGCCUUAGAGAUUGACAGCUCUAAUCUCUCACUGUGGAUUGAAUACGGCACCAUUUCCUAUGCCCUGCACUCGUUUGCAUCCCGGCAGCUUAAGCAGUGGAAAUCGGAACUUCCCCCUGAAGUUGUGCAGCAGAUGGAAGAGCGCCGAGACAGCAUGUUGGAGACAGCCAAACUGUGUUUUACAUCAGCAUCUCGCUGCGAGGGAGAUGGUGAUGAAGAGGAGUGGCUUAUUCAUUACAUGCUGGGAAAGAUUGCAGAGAAGCAGAAACAGCCUCCUGUUGUCUAUCUACUUCAUUACAAACAGGCAGGCCAUUACCUGCAUGAGGAAGCUGCGCGAUAUCCAAAGAAGAUUCACUACCAUAAUCCACCAGAACUUGCCAUGGAGGCACUGGAGGUGUACUUUCGACUUCAUGCUUCUAUUUUGAAACUUGUGGGGAAACCAGACUCUGGAGUAGAUGCAGAGAUACUGGUUGGUUUCAUGAAAGAGGCUUCUGAGGGACCAUUUGCCAGGGGUGAGGAGAAGAACACCCCAAAAGUUGCAGAAAAGGAAAAGACUUGCAUGAUUGAUGAAGACUCUCAUUCUUCAGCUGGAACAGUGCCGGGCCCUGGAACUUCCCUCCCCUCCUCCUCUGGUCCAGAGAGGAGUCAGGACAGCACUGCAGCAGUGCUCUCUGACUCCAGUUCCACGCAGGAUAUGUUUAAUGAGCCUGUCAGUUCUCAAGACAGCCUGAGGAAGUCUUACACGGAGAAGAGGAUUUCUGCUCCCUGUGCUGAUGCACUGAUACCCCACAAAGAGACCCCGGGAUCUACAGAGGAAAAGAUUACAGGAAAGUCGAAAGAGCCGCUGGAGAACUCAGAAUCUCACCAUUCUGCUGAGCCCGCCGGCCAAAAAGUUCUGCUGGAUGCUCAGUCUGCUUCUGGCAACCCCACCAAAGCUGCGAUCCCCCCACCCUCCCAGGGGGACUGCAGAAGGAAACCUGAACCUUGUGGAGAUGCAUCCGAAUUUCCUCAAUCCCUUCCAGCAGACCUCGAGGAGCAGCGGAAGCUCCUGACCGAGCAGUGCAUCACCUCCUUCUGCCUCUGCCUCAGCCGCUUUCCCCAGCACUACAAGAGCCUCUACAGACUGGCUUAUCUCUACACAUACAGCAAAACACACAAGAACCUGCAGUGGGCCCGUGACGUGCUGCUGGGCAGCGGCAGCCCCUGGCAGCAGCUGAAGCACAUGCCAGCACAGGGCCUCUUCUGCGAGAGAAACAAGACCAAUUUCUUCAACCAAUUGCGUAUUGCUCAGGUGCAGAGUUCCCAGCACCACAGAGCACAGGGGAGCUCAUACCAACUAAUGCGUGUCGCCUGCCUGCAGAUUAAGGAAGACUCGGUGGCUCCUGAGGAGGAGGAAGGAUUUCCUGGAAUAGCGGGAACACCUUUCGGAGCUUCCGUGCUAGCAGCUGUGGAGCGACGGGGGUGCCCGCCUUGCACCUUGCUAAGCCUCAGGGAAGCUGGGAGCGAGUGGCUGACGGGGAUGAAGCGCAGGGCACCAGGAAGGCAUGGAGAGCAGCUUGGUGUUUUGGAGCUGGAGAGGCGUUUUGGAGCUUUUGGCCGCGUCUCACUCCUUCCUCUGUGGCUUCAUGUAAACAGCUUUGCUGGCUGUCGCCAGAGGGAGGAGAAGCCUUCAGCCAGGAGAAGAGUGGCCAGCGAGCAGGGGCCGCUGCGCGCCCGGCCGCUCCGCUCGGUGCCGGCACUGCAGGCGUCCGGCCGAGCGGCCCGAGUGGGGACCACGGGUAAAAAGAAGCCUCCAAAGCAGCUGCGCUCCCCUGGCUGUUGCAGCCUGUACCCCUGCACGAGGGUGAUUUCCAGCGAGCUACCUUGCUAA